UUCAAUUUCUUUAGGUCUGGAGAGACUGUAAGUCAACAUUUCAAUGAUGUCCUAAAAGCUGUGUUGCGCCUUCAAGGCUACUUACUUAGGACACCAAAUCCUAUAACACAAGCAUGCACUGAUCCAAGGUGGAAUUGCUUCCAGGUAAAUGUAGUUUGUAAAACAUUUAAUAAAAUACAUUACACAUUGUUUUUUUUUACAAUUCAUAAUUAUUACAAUGUCUUCUAUGUAUUAGAAUUGUGUUGGAGCACUUGAUGGAACCUAUAUUAAAGUUCGUGUACCAGUGGUUUACCAAGCACAGUAUAGAACGCGGAAGGAGGAGAUUGCUACCAAUGUUCUAGGAGUUUGCUCUCAGGACAUGAACUUCAUAUAUGUGUUGCCGGGUUGGGAAGGGUCAGCUGCAGACUCUAGGGUUUUGAGGGAUGCGAUUAAUCAAUCCAAUGGCUUAAGAAUUCCAACUGGGUACUACUACCUAGUAGAUGCCGGGUAUACAAAUGGACAAGGAUUCCUAGCACCUUAUCAGGGCCAACGAUACCAUUUGUCUGUUUGGAGAGCAGGGGCCACUCCAACUAAUUAUCAAGAAUUUUUUAAUAUGAAACAUGCAUCAGCUCGAAAUGUCAUAGAAAGGUGUUUUGGUUUGUUGAAAAUAAGAUGGGCAAUACUUCGUUGUGUAUCAUACUACCCCAUUAGAACUCAAAACCAUAUCAUCACAGCAUGUUGUUUGUUACACAACCUCAUUCGUCGAGAGAUACCGGUUGACCCAAUAGAAGAGAGGCUAAAUAAUGACAUAGAAGAUCAACCUCAAUUGAGAGAUGAUUUUGUUGACACCGUUGAGACAUCUAAUGAGUGGACUGGGUGACGGGAUACACUUGCAAUGCAACUAUAUAACAAUUGGUUGGCUAGUAGGGAGGCAUGACAAUGAUAGUUUCAAUAUUUGUAAAAGUACUUAUUACAAGUAUGAUGUAGUUUCAUUUGAUUUGUACUUGGAACUUGUAUUAGCUUGUGGAUGUUGAACCAUGUUUUGCAAAAAUUGUAUGGUUUUUGUUGGUGAUUGCAUAUUUUUUAAGUGACGAUAUUUUUGUCU